AUGGUCGAGAUCGAGUCAGCGGUUCAGUUCAGCGGCUCCGCCCAACUCAAACCCGUCGCGCCAGCCGUCACAGGUCAACUCGACUACGCCGCCGAUCACAUGGUGGACCAUUUCACCUUUUUGAAACAGCACGCCCAGAAAGCCAUUGCCGCCUUUGCCAGAGCCGGCUGCACCUACCUCCAACUCGAUGAAGUGUAUCUGGCCUAUCUGUGUGACCCCAAGCAACACGAGGAGCUGCGGUCGCGCAGCGAAGACCCGGACCACCUGGCCCAAACCUAUGCAAAGCUCAUCAAUUUGGCUAUUGCCGAGCGCUCCUCCGACAUGACCUUAGCGAUGCAUCUGUGUCGCGGUAACUUCCAGUCGUCGUGGAUCGCCGAAGGCGGCUACGAGCCAGUCGCCGACCUCUUGUUCAAUGCCAUCGACGUCGACGUGUAUUUUAUGGAGUACGACACGGCGCGCGCGGGUGGCUUUGAACCCUUGCGCUUUCUACCGCGCGACAAAAUGGUCGUGCUGGGGCUUGUGACUUCGAAAACCGGCGAUCUCGAAAACCCAGACAUCUUGAAACGCCGGAUUGAUGAGGCCUUGAGAUAUGUGUCCUUGGACCAGCUUGCCUUGAGUCCGCAGUGUGGCUUUGCCUCAACUGAAGAAGGGAAUUUGCUGAGUCUCGAACAGCAACGCGCCAAACUCGAACUCGUCGUGCAGGUGGCGCAGGACGUGUGGGGCGACGCCCGGUAG